AAAUGAAAGAGGGGGGAGGAGAGAGGGAUUAUCCGGGUACCCAACCAUUGAGGGCCGAGUCCUCUUUGCCAGGGACACCCCUCCGCCUUGGAGGUGGUUGCGCCUCCCGCCAAGCCCAGCCUGGGAGGCGGAGUCGAGGCUGAGGCGGCGAAGGAGGAGGAGCUGCCGCUCGAGGACGGACGCCGGUUGAAGAGGGAGGGAAGGCAGGCAAGUAGGCGAAGGAAGAUGAGCGGGACAGGCUUCGACGAGGUGAACUCAAGCACAACCAUCAUGGGGAUGUUUCCACCACCACAGAAAAGACAAAGAACUGUAGAAGAUUUCAAUCAGUUCUGCACCUUUGUGCUAGCCUAUGCAGGCUACAUCCCAUAUCCAAAUGAGAACGAACCGUGGCCCUAUAGGGGUAACAUGAGCCCCCAAAACAGCACAGGCAGCACCCAGGAUGGUGACAGCUGGACCUCCUCCCAGUCCUGUGAUUCUCAGGCCCUGUCUGAUGAUGGAGGAAGUAGGAACACCACAUGCAAGGGAUCUGGAGAUCUCUUCCUCGGCUAUUCUGGUAUUUCUAGUAGCUUCUGCACAAGCCGACCCCAACAAACAAAGAAAAGGAAGCCAUCCACAAAAAAGCGCACCUUGGGUCAAGAGGUGGACAAGAGGAUCAUGCAGAUAGAUUUUAAGGACCUGAAGCAGGAAAAGACUGAACAAACAGAAGAGGAAAUUCAUGGAAAAGCAGGAGAGCUUGAAUCCAGUCCCCCAAGAGAAGCAUUCCAGCCGAAAUCUCUCCUGGAGCAAUACAUAAAAGAGAAUAACUGGGUCCCUGAGGUUCAGGCAGCUGAGAAAUCUGAGCAGCAAGAUAUAUGCAAGGAAGAAAGAGUCGGUCGGUCCUGUUGGAACAGCAUAGAGCAAGGCAGUGAGGAAGAACUCAGCCAAGAUGGCUCCCACAUUGGUACAUUAUGUGAGGAGUUUGCUGGACCCUCAGACACCAAAACAGAUGAGGAUGAUGCCUGGGAUCUCAUCACUUGCUUCUGCUUAAAGCCUUUUGCUGGGAGGCCUAUGAUAGAGUGCAACGAGUGCACCACUUGGAUCCACCUCUCAUGCGCCAAGAUACGUAAAUCCAACGUGCCUGACAUCUUCAUCUGCCAGCGAUGCCGUGAUGCAAAGCAGGAGAUUCGCCGAUCAAACAGAGCCCGCACCAUCCCUCGCAAGCGCUUCUGCGACUGACUUUGGUACGGGGGGUGGGUGGGAUCUCUUUAAACAUGGACUGAAUCUCUGUUGGCAAGACAAUCAAAAUGCAGCCACUUCCCUAAGGGACAGGUGAGGGCUCCCUGCUUUCCAAGUCAAUAAUACACCUGUAUAUGUCUUAUUCAAGACUGUGUGGGGAGAGGGAGACACAUGAUGUUCCCUUCUUGAAAGGCCUGUGAACUGUGCUGUUGAGAUCUCAGGGUGUCCCUAGAGCAACAAAUGCAAAGGCACCUGGCAGACCAAAGUUUUGCACUGGUUUGGUGGAUUCCAGUGCACAGUGCACUAAGUCGGCCAACAGCCUUUUUGCCCUUGUGGAGAUGUGAGUUGGUGCCUUUCCUCAGCAAACUAGUAGUUGUCUCACAGUGAGUUCUAUGGUAUGAAUGGCUGCUCAGACUCUAGGUUUGUGUCCUCAGUUCUUACUUUUAUCCCAGUGCUGUAAUUUUUAAAAAGAGUUGAGAAGCUUUAGGGGCCCUUUCACAGAAGUAAAGCACCUGCUAAAGGGGGCAGUUGUUUUCCCAUGCACACUGCCAAGUGAACAGUCUCGUGGAGCAAUUGACUUCAAAUUGGUACUGACUGUGGUCAUUGUUCCUUAUUCUUUUGAUGAGCUUGUCUUAUUGGCAACCUAGCUGUUCCAGGCCUUGGUCAGGUUAGUUACUAAUGGGAAAAGAAUGGCAAUAGUCAUUUAAUGUAAAUAUUUUGUAUACAGAUUCCUAGACUACGUCCCAAGUGUUCCUGUUCCCCACACACCUACCCAAGAAUUGCAGUUGCACUAGUGUCUUAUUUGAAUGGAAUGCAGGAGUUGCUGAAAGAGACCAAAGCUGUUAAUGGUAGAGAUGCUGGUGACUGCUUCAUUGGGAUCUGAAUGUUUGGAGUUGUAAGAAAAUUAGAGGUAUGGCAGUGAGCUGCACUGAAUAAGCAGAUUGGGUCCUGCUUUUGUUUUCAAGCUGCUUUCUCGUUGCUAAGGAUAUUUGCUAGUGAUAUUUUGGGAAUGCUAAAGGAAAGCAACCUGUCUACUAUGCAAAUUUAUUUGUUCAUGGGGAUACCAUGCCAGCAAACUACUGCUUGUUUUGGAGAGAAGAUGGGUCCACCUGCACUCUGUACCCAGUCCGCUGAACCUCUUCAAUUUGACCCUACGUGCCUUCUUUUUCACACACCUCUUGCACACACCACCAAACCUUUGGCCAUCCUUUUAACCGCACCCGUUUUCAUUGUUUGAGGGAUCCAUCUCGUCCUAUUAAGGACAGCCUGCUCACUUGUCAUGCUGUAGGAAGAAUUUGGAAAGCUACACCAUGAUUCAAUCAGAAGUCCUUUUCCCCUUGAAGUGUUUACACUUUUAUAGUUAGUCACUUUCUAUUAUAAAGAUGUAUGUAGAAUAUUCUGGUCUUUGUCCUGUGCUGAGUGUCUGGAGUGAUAUGUAUAGAAUAAAAGUACUUUUAAACAGUCA